AUGUCGUGGCAAGCCUAUGUCGACGACCACCUUCUCUGCGACAUCGAAGGCAGCAAACUCACUCAUGCCGCUAUCAUCGGUCAAGACGGCAGCGUUUGGGCUCAGAGCGACGCCUUCCCCCAGUUCAAACCUGAGGAAAUAACUGGGAUCAUGAAUGACUUUAAUGAGCCUGGAACACUUGCUCCUACUGGAUUGUAUAUUGGUGGCACUAAAUAUAUGGUCAUCCAAGGGGAACCCGGCUUUGUCAUUCGAGGCAAGAAGGGUCCCGGUGGUGUUACUGUCAAGAAGACCAAUAUGGCUUUGAUCAUUGGCAUUUAUGAUGAGCCCAUGACUCCGGGUCAAUGCAACAUGGUAGUUGAAAGGCUUGGUGAUUAUCUCAUUGAACAGGAUCUCUGA